AUGCCUUCAUUACUUCAAGCAUUCUAUGUCCUCGCACUCAUCAACUUGGUCCUCGCCGCUCCACACCCAGCACAAAAGCGAAGCUUCAAAGUCGAGCGUGUCGCAAACCCUAAUUAUGUCGGUCGAACAGCUGGUGCCGGUACAAGAGCUCUCAUCAAAGCAUACAACAAGCAUUCCAUGACUCUCCCAGCAUCAUUGGUCGCGGCCAUGAACUCAGGUGCCAACCCUGCUUUCCCAGAAGGAAACUCCAAAGCCGCCACUGGAAGCACAACGGCAGUAGCCGCCGCCGCAAGUGGUAGUGGUAGCGCAGCUGCAGGAACUGGUCUUGUUACUGCUACACCAGAGAGUGGAGAUGUUGAGUACUUGUCGCCAGUCAACAUUGGUGGACAAGUCAUGAACAUGGACUUCGACAGUGGAUCAUCCGAUCUCUGGGUUUUCAGCACUCAACUCGCAACCGCUUCCCAAUCUGGUCACCAAAACUAUGAUGCCUCCAAAUCAACAAGCUUCAAGGCAAUUCAAGGUGCUACUUGGUCCAUCUCAUACGGUGAUGGAUCCGGAGCUGCUGGUAACGUUGGUACAGACACUGUCAACAUUGGAGGAGCCACUGUCACUGGACAAGCAAUUGAGAUGGCCACCGCAAUCUCCGCAUCCUUUGUCUCCGAUACCCAAUCUAACGGACUUGUCGGUCUCGCAUUCUCUAAGCUCAAUACUGUCAAGCCCGCUCAACAGAAGACUUUCUUCGAUAACGCCAUGUCCCAAGGUCUCGCUCAACCAGUUUUCACUGCCGAUCUCCGCAAAGCCGCUGCUGGAUCUUACGAAUUCGGAAACAUUGAUUCUACCAAAUUCAACGGAUCCCUCACCUGGGCUGCUGUCAACACCACUCAAGGAUUCUGGCAAUUCAGCUCCGGUAAAUUUUCCGUUGGAGGAGGUCCCGAGACCGCUGUACCAAACGGACAAGCUAUCGCUGAUACCGGAACCACUCUCAUGUUGGCUGAUGCCAACAUCGUCAACGGUUACUAUAGCAAGGUUCAAGGUGCUGUCAACAACCAAACUGUCGGUGGUGUCACAUUCCCUUGCGCUGCCACUUUACCAGAUUUGGCUAUCGAUGUUGGAGGAACCUACAUGGCUACUGUCCGUGGUUCUGAUAUCAACUAUGCUCCUGUUGAUAACACUGGUACCACCUGUUUCGGAGGUCUCCAAGCCACUACUUCCAACCUUCAAAUUUACGGUGACAUUAUGUUCAAGUCUCAAUUCGUCGCAUUCAACGGAGGAAACAACUCCCUCGGAAUGGCUCCUCAUCAAUAG